GCUUCUAACUGUGAAGGCAUUUCGAACGAGACCAGAGAACGAAAAAAAAGAAAAGAAAACAGGAUGAAGACGAUGGCGCCACCGGCGGCGAUUCGGUGGUGCACAGUCCUAUCGACGCUCGUUCUAUUUCUCCUCAUCUGGCCGUCGGUCGCAAUUUACUGUGACGAAGACGAUUGCUAUGAUCUUCUAGGGGUUUCUCAAAAUGCUAAUGCCUCGGAGAUUAAGAAAGCUUACUACAAGCUCUCCUUGAAAUAUCACCCGGAUAAGAAUCCAGAUCCGGAAUCGAGAAAGCACUUUGUGAAAAUUGCCAAUGCUUAUGAGAUUUUGAAAGAUGAAGCCACAAGGGAGCAAUAUGAUUAUGCAAUUGCACAUCCGGAGGAGGUAUUUUACAAUACAGCUCGUUACUAUCGUGCAUAUUACGGUCACAAAACGGAUCCUCGUGCUGUCCUGGUUGGUCUUCUUCUCAUUCUUUCGGCAUUUCAAUAUCUAAAUCGGUGGACUAGGUAUAAUCAGGCCGUAGCUAUGGUCAAGAAGACACCUGCUUACAAAAACAGACUGCGGGCAUUGGAACUUGAACGCAGUGGAGGAACCACAAAUAAGAAGAAGAGUAACAAGCAGAUGGACAAGAAAAAGGAGGAAGAUCUCAGCAAAGAGCUCGAGCUAGACAUAAAGGGAGCUGAAAAGCCCUCCAUCUGGGAAUUAAUUGGCAUCCGUUUCAUUCUUCUCCCUUAUACUAUUGGCAAGCUAUUGUUGUGGUAUGGCUGCUGGUUCUGGAGAUACAAGGUUAAGCGAGGUCCAUAUUCUUGGGAAGAUGCAUCUUACUUGACAAGAAACUCCCUCAGAGUGCCUCUGGAUGCAUGGCUAAACAUUGAUGAAUCAACCAAGGAGGAUCUUAUUCAGAGACGAUUAUGGAUUAAGUCCAACUUAGAGAGCUACCUAGCAGAAAUGCGAAAAGAAUACAAGCGCAGAAGAUAGGAGGAUAUUAUCCCAUUGCUCACUUGAGAGUGUUUGCCGAAACUUCAUAAACAUACAAGAUAAGAACCGCAUUUUACUAAUAUAGUUGAUUUUGGAUUCAUUUAUACCCGAAGGCAGCGAAGACCGUUGUUGCUGAUUACCAAGUUUGAUACGUAACACUGAAAUCUAAUACUUGUAGCAGAGUACUGAAUGUAUCGUUUGUAAACUCCCAUAUAAAAAUUUUAGAUGGCUUUAUUUAUUUAUUUUUGGUUUUGUGGUCAUUGGCCUUAAUUGCUCCAGUAAUUGCUGGUCAGCACAUGGGACCGUGCAGCUAAUAUAACUGAUGGUAAUUGGGUUGUCUUUAUCA